CGGGACGCAGCGUGUCACUCAGCCCGCCUGUGACCAAUCAGUGCGCGGCUAAGCUCCUCCCUCCCGCCCCGGCAGGAGCGGCUGGGUCCCGGCGGGGUUCUCCUCUUUUCCGCUGCUCCGCUCUCCGAGUCCGGCUGUUUGUGCUCCCAGAGCUGCUCGGCUUUCCAUGGACAGAGGAGCGAUGCUGACCGCGGCUCUGCUGUGCUGCUGGAGCUGCACCGUGUGUGUGGUCACAGCCAUCCGGAGGACGGAUCUGUUCCCUUUCGGGGAUUUGAACGGAGAUUUGAUUCUACCAGAGGGCGACGAUGAGACAUCCAGAGCGCUGACCCUACCCAGACCCUUUUACUUUUUUGACUCCCCUUUUUCCCAACUCUAUGUGGCCACAAAUGGCAUUGUCUCGGCUCAGGACCUGCCAAUGGAAAAGCAGUAUGUAGAUGAUGGUCUGCCUACAGACUUCCCCGUUGUGGCUCCGUUCCUGGCCGACAUUGACACAAGUGGAGGACGAGGAAACAUUUACUACCGCGUUACUGAAACACCCAGCGUACUUAACAGAUUCGCUCAGGAGGUUCACCGGGGAUUCCCAGAUGCUAAAUUCACUCCCACACACGCCGUGGUGGCAACGUGGGAAAACGUCGCUGCGUAUGAAGAACAAACUCGAGCCACUGGCGCGACCAACAAGGUCAAUACGUUCCAAACUGUGAUUGGAUACGAUGAAACCGACUCGUACGUUCUCUUCCUUUACCCUGAAGAUGGACUCAACUUUUUUGGGACGCGACCCAAGGAGUCCUAUAAUGUGGAGAUAGAGUUUCCUGCUAGAGUUGGCUUCAGUAGAGGAGAAGUUUCAUUUUUAAUCAUUUCCAAAACCGAUGGACCUUUUUACAGCGUUGCCCAAGAUGAAAACGGUGUUAAAAGGCUUUCUCAGGUUGGAAACACUGGCGUUCCAGGUGUUUGGCUCUUCCACACUGGAAAACGGUUUUCUUUUAAAGAGAUCACUCCUGCAUCCAUUGGCGGUCUCCUUGCUGUCCCCCCUACUGCUGGUUAUGGCCUCUAUCUGGACACAACCACUCCAGAAUACGGGUUUGAUGAUUACAACUUUGAGCCAGAGAGCCAGGAGGAAGUGGAUGCUGCUGGUAGUCCCGACGCUCCAAAUGCUCGAUCGGAAGACUCCAAUCGCCAGUUAUCGUACAACAGAGAAGACGUGCCAUUGGCCUUGGAGCCGGUAGAAAGGCAGUACACUCCACCCAGGUUUCCACUGACGGUUCCAGAAGGGCGCACUCAACGGGUCGAGGAACAGCAACCACAGCUUCCUUUGGAGGUGGUGGACGUCUACCCCCCUCUGAGAAGCAACCCGCCCCUCUCCCCUGGAGGUCACGUCGUCAGCGUGGAUGAAGAUGAUGUUGACUUUGACACAGGAGUGAUCCAGUACACUACAGAGAACAAGGAAACAUGCGCCAGGUUCCAGCUGCAAUGUUCCCAGAAUGCAUUCUGCUCAGAUUACCCCACAGGAUUUUGCUGCCACUGCCGACCGGGCUUCUACGGAAAUGGCCGCCAUUGUCUGCCAGACGGCGCUCCUCAGCGUGUCAGCGGGAAAGUGAGAGGCACGGUGACGGUGGGUUCGACUCCGGUUGAGCUGAACAACAUCGACCUUCACGCCUACAUCGUGGUUGGAGAUGGAAGAGCUUACACAGCCAUUAGUGAGGUACCGGAACCAGUGGGCUGGGCCAUGAUGUCGGUUUCACCAGUGGGAGAGCUUUUCGGUUGGCUGUUUGCUCUGGAGCUGCCCAAUAGCCAAGCGGGAUUUAAAAUCACAGGUGCAGAGUUCAGUCGUCAUGCUGAGGUGGUGUUUAGCCCCGGCAACCAGCGCCUGUCCAUCACGCAGACGGGCCGCGGCCUUGACGAACACAACCACCUCAGUGUGGAUACUGUCAUUAAUGGCAAUGUUCCAUUCGUUCCACCUGGAGCUGAAGUUACUAUGAAGCCCUUCAAGGAGACCUACCAGUACUACCCGUCUGUCGCCGCCUCCAGCUCUGUCAGGGAGUUUUCUGUCGGUUUCCCUGAAAAGGCCUCAGAGUCUCACACGUUCCACCUGAAGCAGAACAUCACCUACCGCGACUGUCGCCACGGAAACCGGGCUGCCACCCCGGAGACGCUGGAGAUCAACAUGGAGAGGGUGUUUGUGAUGUACGUCAAGGAGGAGCGAAGCCUGAGAUACGCCAUCACCAACAAGAUCAGCCCGGUUGGAGAUUCGUCGGAGGUUGAACUGUUGAACCCCUGCUAUGCUGGGAACCAUGACUGCGACACGACAGCACUAUGCAUCCCACUGGAGGGCCAAGCUUUCCGGUGCCAAUGUGCUACUGGCUAUAGAGGAGAUGGACAGAACUGUUACGACAUCGAUGAGUGUGCAGAGGGUUUGAGCUCGUGUGGCGAUUAUUCCCAGUGCCUGAACCUUCCCGGGACGCACCGCUGCCAGUGCCUGAGCGGCUUUGAACUGGACUUCGAAAGCCGGACCUGUGUUGACAUAGAUGAGUGCAUCUCGUCUCCAUGCCACAUCAGUGCCAGAUGUGCCAACGCCCAGGGCUCCUUCCAGUGUCAGUGCCUGCCUGGGUUUUACGGCGACGGUUUCCACUGCUCCCCGGAUCGCCAGAGGAGUCAGUGUGAGCAGCACAGAGACAGUUUACAGAGUGGAGGACAGCCGAGUGUUGGAGCCUACAUCCCUCAGUGUGAUUCUGAUGGGCAGUAUCGACCUCGCCAGUGCCAUGGUUCUACAGGACAUUGUUGGUGUGUGGACAGUAGAGGACAGGAAAAACCCGGAACCAGGACUCCUCCUGGUGCCGCACCGCUAGCCUGUGAUUCAUUAGAGCGUCCAAAGACUCAGUGUGAACUUCACAGAGACAGAAUCCAGACCAGCAGUCCAGAUGGAUUCCCUCUGGCUGGAGCCUACGUACCUCAGUGUGAUGAAAAUGGACAGUACAGGCAACUACAGUGCCACAGCUCUACUGGAUACUGUUGGUGUGUGGACAGCCGGGGAGAAGAACGCCCAGGAACCCGAACCCCGCCUGAUACGCCGCCCGCAGACUGCGACAAACCGGAGCGUCCAAAGACUCACUGUGAGCACCACAGGGAGAGCAUCCAGACCAGAUCAGAUGGAAAUCCUCCUCCUGGAGCCUACAUGCCUCAAUGUGACCAAAAUGGACUCUAUCUACCAGAACAGUGCCAUGCUUCUACUGGAUAUUGUUGGUGUGUGGACAGUAGAGGAGAGGAGAGAGUCAGAACCAGGACUGGACCUGGUUCACCUCGUGUUGACUGCAGAACAGAGCGUCCAAAGACUCCCUGUGAGGACCACAGGGAGAGCAUCCAGAUCAGAUCAGAUGGAAAUCCUCCUCCUGGAGCCUACAUACCUCAAUGUGACCAAAAUGGACUCUAUCUACCAGAACAGUGCCAUGCUUCUACUGGAUAUUGUUGGUGUGUGGACGGUAGAGGAGAGGAGAGAGCUGGAACCAGGACUGGACCUGGUUCACCUCGUGUUGACUGCAGAACAGUUGAACCAGAGCGUCCAAAGACUCACUGUGAGCAUCACAGGGACAGCGUCCAAACCACCAGUCCAGAUGGACUUCCUCUAGUUGGAGCCUACGUACCUCAGUGUGAUGAAAAUGGACUCUAUGUACCACAGCAGUGCCAUGGUUCUACUGGAUAUUGUUGGUGUGUGGACAGUAGAGGAGAGGAGAGAGCCGGAACCAGGACUGGACCUGGUUCACCUCGCAUCAAUUGCAGAACAGAGCGUCCAAAGACUCACUGUGAGCAUCACCGGGACAGUGUCCAAACCAUCAGUCCAGAUGGACUCACUUUAUUUGGAGUCUAUGUACCUCAGUGUGAUGAAAAUGGACUCUAUGUACCACAGCAGUGCCAUGGUUCUACUGGAUAUUGUUGGUGUGUGGACAGUAGUGGACAGGAGAGAGCCGGAACCAGGACCGGACCUGGUUCACCUCAUGUAGACUGCAGAACAGAGAAACCAGAGCGUCCAAAGACUCCCUGUGAGGACCACAGGGAGAGCAUCCAGACCAGAUCAGAUGGAAAUCCUCCUCCAGGAGCCUACAUACCUCAAUGUGACCAAAAUGGACUCUAUCUACCAGAACAGUGCCAUGCUUCUACUGGAUAUUGUUGGUGUGUGGACAGUAGAGGAGAGGAGAGAGCUGGAACCAGGACUGGACCUGGUUCACCUCGUGUUGACUGCAGAACAGAGCGUCCAAAGACUCCCUGUGAGGACCACAGGGAGAGCAUCCAGAUCAGAUCAGAUGGAAAUCCUCCUCCAGGAGCCUACAUACCUCAAUGUGACCAAAAUGGACUCUAUCUACCAGAACAGUGCCAUGCUUCUACUGGAUAUUGUUGGUGUGUGGACAGUAGAGGAGAGGAGAGAGCUGGAACCAGGACUGGACCUGGUUCACCUCGUGUUGACUGCAGAACAGAGCGUCCAAAGACUCCCUGUGAGGACCACAGGGAGAGCAUCCAGAUCAGAUCAGAUGGAAAUCCUCCUCCAGGAGCCUACAUGCCUCAAUGUGACCAAAAUGGACUCUAUCUACCAGAACAGUGCCAUGCUUCUACUGGAUAUUGUUGGUGUGUGGACAGUAGAGGAGAGGAGAGAGCUGGAACCAGGACUGGACCUGGUUCACCUCGUGUUGACUGCAGAACAGUUAAAACUCCAUGUGAGGAGCAGAGAGACAGAGCACAGGCCAGCAUUCAGGAGCGUUACCCCGCUGGAGUGUUUGUCCCUCGCUGCGAUGCACAGGGGCAGUUCCUACCUCAACAGUGCCAUGGAUCUACUGGACAUUGUUGGUGUGUUGACAGCAGGGGACAGGAGAGAGCAGGAACUAGGACGGCACCUGGCGCCUCACCUGUAGACUGCAGUAAACCAGCGCCUACCAGUCGAGCCGAGAGCGUGUGUGAGAGAUGGAGGGCCAGUUUGAUCGAGCACUACGGACGGAAUCCGGACCCCCAGCAGUAUUUGCCUCAGUGCGAACCGGAUGGAGAAUUCAGUCCGGUCCAGUGUUACGGGGGGUCCACUUACUGCUGGUGUGUGGACCGGGAGGGCCGGGAAAUACCUGGUACUCGCUCACACGACGCCGUCAAACCAGCAUGCCUUCCAUCGGUGGCCCCGCCCACCGUCCUUCCCGUGACCCGUCCGGAUGUGACGCCUCCGAAAACCGCCGUCACUCUCCUCUACGCUCAGGGCCAGAAAAUCGGAGCCCUGCCUCUGAUAGGGAGCCGGCUGGACGCAGGGCGCUCCAAAACACUGCUGACGCUUCACGGCUCCAUUGUUGUCGGUAUCGCCUACGACUGCAAGGAAAAUAAAGUGUACUGGACAGAUCUGUCAGCCAGGACGAUCAACAGAGCUUCAAUGGCGUCUGGAGCUGAGCCGGAGAUGCUCAUCAACACAAAUCUGGUCAGUCCGGAGGGGUUGGCUCUGGAUGCCAAGCGCAGGUUGAUGUUUUGGGUCGACUCGAACACGGAUGUGAUAGAAAGUGCAAGCCUGGACGGCAGCAGGAGGCGGACCCUGUUCGACUCGGACCUGGUCAACCCGCGGGCCAUCGUAGUGGUCUCAUCCACCGGGAGUCUUUACUGGACCGACUGGAACCGAGAGGCGCCGAAGAUCGAGACGUCCACUGUGGACGGUCAGGGCCGUAGAGUAGUUGUGUCUGAACGCGUCGGGUUGCCGAACGCGCUGACCUACGACCUCUCUGCUGGGCAGAUCUGCUGGGCCGAUGCAGGCACCAAGCUUUUGGAGUGCAUAUCUCCAAACGGAUCCGGCCGCAGGGUGAUCAACUCUGACCUGAACUACCCGUUCAGCAUGGUCUACCAUAGCAACCAUUUCUACUUCAGCGACUGGAGGAGGGACGGCGUGAUCGCAGUCGACAAGUACAGCAGCAAGUUCACAGACGAAUACCUGCCUGAGCAGCGGUCUCACCUCUACGGCAUCACCAUAGCAACCACCCACUGUCUACCGGGGAGCCUCUAACGAAGGACCAGCAGUCCUUUGAUGCUACAGUCGCUGGAUGGAAGCAAGAGUUACAACCCUCACUGUCCUCACCCUCAAAAUAUAACCCAAAGUAAAUGUUUUGUAAAUUUGUUUUAUACCUCAUUUUUUUCUACUGUUUUGAGUUAUUUUGUUUUCUAUCAAAGCUACAGAACAAAAGAUUUUAGAAGUUUUUCACGAGUGUUUUCCUGUGACUUAAAGGGAACUAAAAAGUUGGAAGCAGUUAAUCAACUUUGAAUUUCACUAUGUUGGUGUAAAACGUUGAUGCUGGUUUGUGCCGCUAUCAUUUUAAAGAAAUUAAUGAAUGUUUCCAGAGGUCAUCGAAGGUCAACAGAAUCGAGCAAAUUUGGUCUCAAUCAGCUGUGCUACAAAUAUUCAAGCUACACAAAGAUAGCACAAUUAAUUUAUAUGAGUUUUGUUAAAGUCUUAAAUAUUAUAACAGCACAAACUAAAACAAUAGACACCAAUUUAAUUCUGCAGUAGGUAUGAUUCCUCCUGUCUUAAUUUAGAAUAAGUUCUGGUCUAAAGCCGGUUAGCCGUUAGCUUUAGCGACUUAUUCUAAAUACGAUGCAGAUCGUUAUCUACUACAGGUAAAAUAUUGACUGCGUUUAACUCAACAGAAACUGGAAAACAGAACAGUAACAGCAUCAGGGUUUUUCUGUGUCCAGUUUCUGUUUCAUGCAACUUCAGUGACUUUUGAAGUAAUUUGUAUGCUUUCUUAUUAAUAAUAAUUUGGAUUCAGCAGUAUUAGCAUUGCUCCAGAUAAGUUAAGUUAAGAUAAGGUAAGUUCAGCUGCAUGUCGCCAAGAACUACAAGAAAUGUUGGUUUUAUUUAGUGUUAUUUCUUUGCGUUUAAAAAACUGAAGCGCUUGAAUCUGCGGUUCGGACAUAAAUGGUGCCAAUCAGACUGAUGCCAGCAGCAAACCUGUAUUAUUAAUAAUAAAAUAAAUUUCUGAAACAAAAGCAGCACAACCCACAGAUCGCAGCAGCUGCAGUCCUGGAUUCCCCACAGGAGAAAAUGUCGUUUUAUUUUGCUGAAUAUUUUGACAUUUUAAACCUUUUCUUGUUAACGAGAUGUGAUAUUUAUAUCAAUAAAAUGUGAUUUGAUACAA